CCCCGAACCCCAUGGCGUUCCGAGAAGAUGACACGUGGUCGGAGAUCGUGGCCAGCGGCGGGCUUCGGCUGCCCCACAUCGGCGUCGUGUACGGCCGUCGCCGGGUCGAGGAGUCGUCCGGCCGGAGGAACAUGGAUGUGACGGGCAGCUUCGGCGGCCAGCAGCGGCCAAGCUUCGCGCCGAGGAAGCGGACCAGCUGGAACCGGUCGCUUUCCAUCAGAGGAAGAGAAAGUAUCUUUGUUGCUCCUGGUGCAAAUCUUCAACAUCAACAGAAACCCUGCAGAGCACCAAAACGACCACCCAAACCGUGCAACCGAGUGAAGAAAACUCCAAGUGGCCCUCCCGACUUGAGGAAGGAGAAGGCAUAUUUUGAAGAAGUUGAUGCAUUUGAGCUCAUGGAAGAAAGUCCUUCUCCCAAGGCCUCAUGGACCAGAGGAAUGGAGCAGAAUCACAUUGAUCAUGAUCUGCCUGCAAUAUUGGAGAGGUGGAAAAUUUCCAAGAUUGCAAGACGUGUAUCAUCUGAGCCCUUGUUUCACAUCAUGGAGACGCCGAUCAUGCCAUCAGUCCUUAGUAACAAUAGUACAUCUAGUAGUUUAUUUAGAACCCCUGAAAAAGAUACAGGAUCAGGGACACACACCACAGGAAGGGCAAUCCCUCUAGGAUACACUGAUAUCAGUUUAAAGAGUACUGCAAAAGAAACCAACAUUGUUUCAUCAUUCGGUAAACUGAACAUUAAGGAGGAGACUGUUGAAGCCAGCAUUCGAUGGAGUAGUGAAGCUCUGACUGCUUUUGAGCAGCUCCUCAUGGUUUGCAGGCAGUCUAAACCAGCUACACUGGCAGAAGUUUUCUCUGCUUAUUGUGAGCUAGGAAGCAUCAAGAAGUUGGGUGAAGGAACAUAUGGGGAGGCCUAUAGGGCUGGAAGGACUGUUUGCAAAGUGGUUCCUUUUGACGGAGACUUAAUUGUCAAUGGAGAAACCCAGAAGAGGUCGGAAGAAAUACUUGAGGAAGUCUUGCUUUCUCUAACACUUAAUAAUCUAAGAUCAAACCGGCAUGAUGAUGAUAAAAAGGAUUCAUGCAAUGGCUUCAUCGAAACAAAAGACUUUCGGGUUUGUCGGGGACCAUAUGACCCUUGUCUGAUUAGUGCUUGGGAAGACUAUGAUGCCAAACGUGGAUCCGAAAAUGAUCAUCCAAAGGACUUUACAAGUGAGCAGUGCUACAUUGUAUUUGUGCUAGCUGAUGGUGGCACUGAUCUAGAAAGUUUUGCUCUGGUUGAUUACAAUGAGGCUCGCAGUUUACUGGUUCAGGUUACUGCUUCCUUAGCAGUAGCUGAAGGUGCUUGUGAAUUUGAACAUCGAGAUUUGCACUGGGGUAACAUUCUUUUGGCUCAAGAUGAAACUCCAGACACAAACCACACAAUGAGCUUUGCUCUUCAAGGGAAGAAGAUGCAUGCAAGAACUUUUGGUCUGAAUGUCUCCAUAAUUGACUUCACUCUUUCUCGGAUCAACACAGGGACCGCCAUUCUCUUUCUUGACCUGUCUGCGGAUCCUGCAUUAUUUCAAGGGAAAAAAGGAGAUAAGCAGGCAGAAACAUAUCGAAGGAUGAAAGAAAUUACCCAGGAACACUGGGAGGGCAGCUUCCCAAAGACCAACGUGGUGUGGUUAAUUUACCUUGUAGAUAUGGUGCUGCAUAAGAUGAAAUCCCUUGCGCUUGGUGCCAAAGUGGACCGGGAGCUUCGCUCUUUCAAGAAACGUCUGGCGUCGUGUGAGUCCGCUAGAGAUUGUCUCGCCGAUCCCUUCUUCAGUGAUCUACUAUCGGAGGAGGACGCACAGCUCUGUCCAAUGCCGCAGCUGGAGUCUGAUCUGUGAACUGGCAGAUAGAAUCGCUGUGGGGUUUAGGGUUUUAGGGUUUAAAUUUAUCGCCAUGUGCGACCACUAAUCACCUGACAUGCGCGUGGUCCAGAAGAAUAGAACGGAUCGAACGCAGGUUCGUCAGCCCUGGGCAUGCAAGAGAGCUUGCUGUUGGCUGUUGCCCAGGCGCCUUUUGUAACUUGAGUGUGUAAUUUAUCACGUUGGUGGUACUGGCCGUGGCCAGAUUCGGGUGUU